AUGGCGGAGCGGGGGGGAGAGCGAGGAGGGUUUGGCCGUGGGUUUGGCCGUGGACGCGGUGACCGUGGGCGUGGUGAUCGCCGGGGAGGGAGGCGUGGUGGGCGCAACCGCGAUGAGGAAGAGAAGUGGGUGCCUGUCACCAAGCUCGGUCGCCUCGUCAAGGAUGGUAAGAUCCGGAGCCUGGAGCAGAUCUACCUCCACUCUCUCCCCGUGAAGGAGCACCAGAUUGUGGAGACUAUGCUCGGGCCGCAGCUCAAGGAUGAGGUCAUGAAGAUCAUGCCUGUGCAGAAGCAGACGCGCGCCGGGCAGCGCACCCGGUUCAAGGCCUUCGUUGUCGUCGGCGACAACAACGGCCAUGUCGGUCUCGGGGUGAAAUGCUCUAAGGAGGUGGCCACGGCCAUCCGAGGUGCCAUCAUUCUCGCUAAGCUCUCGGUGGUCCCUGUGAGGAGGGGAUACUGGGGAAACAAGAUCGGUAAGCCACACACAGUGCCGUGCAAGGUCACCGGAAAGUGCGGUUCCGUCACUGUAAGGAUGGUUCCCGCUCCCCGUGGGGCUGGAAUUGUGGCUGCUCGUGUCCCCAAGAAGGUCCUCCAGUUCGCCGGGAUCGAGGACGUCUUCACAUCGUCCCGUGGGUCCACCAAGACCCUCGGCAACUUCGUCAAGGUCGCUUGAACGUUUGGACUUGAUGCUUUUUCAUCAUUCUUUCGCGAUUGUCUUUCUGUUCGAUUGAUUGAAUUUCUCAUACAUGUUUUUCAUAUUCCGAUUCAUGUUUCUUAUCUUUAAUUUUACCCUUCCUUUUCUUUUGCGACUUCAAUUUGUCAAAUGCUAAGCUCCAUCAUUUGUCGCGUUCUUCAUCAGUAAGUCUAUAGUGCCCAUGGCAUCAGUAAUAGAAGAUUUGCAUGCUGGUUGGAUGAUUACAUAUUUUAGCGUUGAUUUGUUAUGUAGGAUCUCGUGAAAAUCUUUGCACACGUAGGACUCUGCUAUAGAAUGUUAUCAUCCAGUGUGAUUAAUUGUUUAAGAUCUAGUUGAUUGUGUCCUUUUCUUUUUAGAAGGAAGAACGGUUGCCGCCUCCAUUCUAAUGUUGUCAUACGAUGCUUUUGUUUCAUUUUUUAACGUUACUUAUUGCUCUAAAUGUUCAAUUGGCUCCGCCCUUCAUUAAAAGUUUAAAUGUCUCCAAAGUCUUAUCACUUGACAUUACUAGGGCAAAGAACUACAAUAUUUCUUCUAAAAACCAGUGUCAGUAUACUGCAGUACUAAGACUAGAUUUCCAACCAAUUUGUGAUAUAAAAUGGAAAUAUUCAUCAGUUUAUUGCUUGAUGCUGAACAAAAUUUAUCAAGAAAAUAGGGCAAAAAGUUCAGACUGUUAACGUUACUACUACUUUCGGCUUCAUUUACUUUUUUUUUGCUUCAUAAAGAGUGCAAAAAGCUGAAUUGAAAUUUAAUUAUUAAAAAAUGAACAUGAGAAACGUAAAAAUUUAGUUUUGUUGUGUAAGCUUAUUUUGUUCGGCGGGGACGAUUCCUGCCAUCAUACACUUUUGCUGUUACAAUAUUUUUACCAAGAUUGCUAGUUGUUUUUUUUAUCGGAUCAUCUUUUGUGUUGUAACAUAAUCCAUCGCAGGGGCAUUGGUUAUUUAUUGUAGCUGAUCAAGUUUCAACUUGGGGAUCACGAACCUUAAUGGACCAAAUUUAUUACUUUUACUCUUUCUGGUUUGCUGGGUGACUUGUUUUUCUCUCUCUGUGUACUUCUUGUGUGGAUAAACAGCUCGAAGAAAGGGAAACCACUUUACAUAUAGAAACUGUUUGGAAAUAACUACCAUUGAGCAACAUCUACUUUUUCGUCGAUAUUUGGAUAGGGUGCAGAUCAAAAUUAUGAAAUCAGCUGUGAUUCUUUCUUCCUUUUAUUUUCCUUGGAAGGCUCCAGCUGUUCUAGCUGCACUUUCCUCACUGCUGCUAUCUCCCGUUUUACUAUCUGGUUGGAGUAUCAGACAGUCAAUCUCACUAAAUAUUAAUCUCCUCAUCUGGAGGGGUGUUGGGCCUUUUUAGACAUUCGAUUGGCUGAUUUCACGGAACAUGUCACUUUCUGUUUUUUUUCUUUUCAAAUCUCUUUCAAAAGCUGUAGACAAGUGGAAUUGGUUUUUGACGAUUUUAUUUCCAUGUCACUUGAUAAUCUUUGUGGGAGUUUUUUAGGAUUAUUUCCUACUUGCCCAUUGAUUUUCAUAACAAUCGACGCCCGCAUAUCUUCCAGAGUUCUCUAACUGCAUUGACCUUCUGCAGGCCACGUUUGACUGCCUCAUGAAGACGUACGGCUUCCUCACCCCCGACCUCUGGAAGGAGACCCGCUUCUCCAAGGCCCCCUUCCAGGAGUUCACCGAUCUUCUGGCGAAGCCCGUCGGCAAGGCGCUCAUCGCCGAGGACGUGGAGAGGAGCGAAUCUUGA